CAUCUCCUCUUUCCUCAUACCACACGAAAGUAUGUUCAUCCUUGACAGAAAACUGCCCUUAUGGCUAUUAUCUUAUAUUUUCAUACAUCUAAUCCAUACAACCACCUUAGCUCAACCAGAUUUCCUUUCCUACUUCUGCGAAAGCGCAGCUAACUAUACAAUAGACAGCACGUACCAAAGGAAUCUCAACACCACCCUCUCCACACUCCCCACCACCAACAAUGGCUUAGGUUUCUACAAUCUCACCAUCGGCCAAGGAAACGAUACGGUCAACUCGAUCGCCCUAUGUCGGGGCGACAUUAACCUUGAAAUGUGUCGUAGUUGUGUUAAUGACUCCAUUAUCAAGUUGCCACAACUCUGUCCUAACCAAAAGGAAGCAAUAGGAUACUACGACAACUGUGUGGUGAAGUACUCCAACGAGGUCAUAUUGAGAAACACAAGGAUAAAGUUUUAUGUGUAUCUAGCUAACCCCCAAAACGCAACGGAUAUCGAUCAGUUCAAUGGUGCUUUGGGGCCGCUACUGAAGGAUCUGAGAGGUAACGCGUCGGCUGGCGGUCCCCUACAGAAGUUUGCCAGCGGGAGCACAAGUGGUCCAGCUUUCUCAACGAUUUAUGGGCUUGUUCAGUGUACUCCAGACCUAUCGGAGAUACAGUGUAGUGAUUGCUUGGAAGCUAUAUAUGAGACGUAUCGGUUUUUUAACCAGACUGCUCGGGCAAAUGCACCAUCACCACCACCAAUUUUACAGCCAUCUCCGCCAAUAGCACGACCUUCAUCACCACCAGGAAAAGAGAAUAACACAGCAAGAAAUGUGAUAAUCAUAAUAAUUGUGAUAGUCAUCGUCAUCAUAGUAAUCGCUUCACUUUGUAUCACAAUGAGAUUCAGGAAGAAGAAAAAGCAAAUUACAUCUUCAGCAACCAUUACAAGUAUACAUUCAAUUUCUAACUCCUCAUCAUUUCUUAUAGCUGACGCAACGACAAUGGAUAUUGGCGCAGCAGAGUCUUUGCAGUACGACUUUAGUACUGUGAAAGCAGCAACAAACAAUUUUUCUGAAGAAAAUAAGCUUGGACGAGGUGGUUUUGGAACGGUUUACAAGGGUAAGCUUGGUGAAGGAGACCAUAUAGCAGUAAAGAGGCUAGCAUUGGAUUCUGGGCAAGGUGAUGUAGAAUUCAAGAAUGAGGUGUUGCUAAUGGCAAAACUUCAACAUCGUAAUUUAGUUCGAUUGCUAGGUUACAGCAUAGAAAGAAGCGAGCGACUUCUCAUUUACGAGUUUAUGCCAAAUGCAAGUCUUGACAAAUUUAUAUUUGAUCCAAUUAAACGUACAGUUCUUAAUUGGGAAAAACGAUACAAUAUAAUCAAAGGAAUUGCAAAAGGACUACUAUACCUUCAUGAAGAUUCCCGUCUAAGAAUUAUUCAUCGUGAUAUGAAGGCAAGUAAUGUUUUGUUAGAUGAACAAUUGACACCUAAAAUUGCUGAUUUUGGAAUGGCAAGGUUGUUCAAAACUGAGGAAACCCAAGGAGACACAAGCCGAAUUGUUGGAACCUAUGGUUACAUGGCGCCAGAAUAUGCUAUGCAUGGGCAAUUUUCAGUAAAGUCAAAUGUCUUUAGCUAUGGUGUGUUAGUUCUAGAAAUGGUAUCCGGUCAAAAGAACCAAAGCUUUCGAAGUGGAGAGAGCAUAGAAGAUAUUCUUAGCUAUGCAUGGAAAAGCUGGCGGAAUGGGACAGCAUCAGAUAUAAUAGAUCCCACAUUGAAGAGUGGAUCAGGUUCAUUGCGUGACAUCAUUAGAAGCAUCCACAUUGGAUUAUUAUGUGUCCAAGAAAAUGUUAUUGAUAGGCCAACCAUGGCUUCGGUUGUUCUUAUGCUUAAUAGCUUCUCCAUCACGCUUCCUGUACCCACAAAACCUGCAUUUUUUAUACGCAGUACCAUUGAUCCUGAAAUGCCACUCCUACAAGAUUACAGUUCUUCGACAGGGAGCAGUGGUUUAGAAAAACCUAAAGUAUUUAAAUCUAGAUCCAGAUCUUCUCAAUAUUUUGCAAAUGAAGUUUCAAUAUCUGAUUUUGGUCCUAGAUAG